AUGAAGGCUCAAUUAUUUUUUCAAGAAGCAAAAGUAUACAAAGUAAUUUUUGCUAAUACAAUAGUAAAAUUAAGCCCAUCUUCUGCUAUAAGUCCAGCAAUAACCUUUCUCCAACAACAAAUGAAUAGUAUUAAUCAACCUAUCUGA